GUCAAGUUGUAAAGUUGCUAUUGGUCUAAGUUAUGGUUUGACCCUUUUUUUUUAAAUCUUGUGCACAGUAAUAGCGAGAAUUCUAGUGUACUGAAUUGUUAUUUUAAUUUGUAAGGUUUUUAUUGGUCAAGUUAUGGUUUGACCCUUUUACGGACUCGUGCAUAGAGGGAGUGAGUGCACUGAGCUGUCCUUUUAAGUUGUAAAAUUUCAAUUGGUCAAGUUGUGGUCCGACCUUUCUUCGAAUCCCGCACAGAAUGAGAGUUUUAAUGUACCGGACUGACGUUUUAAGUUGUAAAGUUUCUGCUGAUCCAUCACAUUAAAUUUUGUUAACUGUUCUCACUUUGAUUAUGUCUCUGUUCCAUCUCUCAACUAGUUAUCAUCACUUUCAGUGAGUGAUAGAGAAGUGGAAACAAGGAUAAGAAGACCAAGAAUAUAGACAUAACAGGGCAAAGAAGAAAAUUCAAAGCAAUUAAGAUAGUUCCCAUGGAAAAUACAUGGGUUGAACUAAGCUUAUAGUAUUAUGUACAAGAUAUGCCAAUAUUAUUUGUGAGAUCAGCAUGAUACUCGCUCCGUUUCGAUUUGCUAGAAGGGGAGUAACUGGUAAAGUUGUUGUUAGGUGACUAGGAGGUCACGGUUUCAAGCUGUGGAAUCAUCAUUUGGUAAAGAUGCAAGGUAAUGCUGCGUACCAUAGAUUUUUGUGGUACGGUCCUUCCCAGACUCCAUUCAUAGCAAGAGUUUUAGUACACCGGGUUGCCCUUUUAAGUUGUAAAGUUUCUAUUGGUCAAGUUGUGCUCCGGCCCUUUUUAGAACCUCAUGCAUAGCAGGAGCUCUACUGCACGGGACAACCUUUUAAGUUGUAAAGUUUCUAUUGGUCAAGUUGUGCUCCGGCCCUUUUUAGAACCUCAUGCAUAGCAAAAGCUUUACUGCACAGGACAACCUUUUAAGUCGUAAAGUUUCUGCUGUUAAAUCAUAUUAAAUUUUGUAACUAUUCUCACUUUUAUUAUAUUACUUCUGUUUCAUUUCUCAACUGAUUGAAUCAGAAGUGGGAAACAAGGACCAAGAAUAUAGAGAAAUACAUCUUAAUAAGGCAAAGGAGAAAAUCUAAAGUAAUUAAUUUAGUUCCCAUGGAGAAGACAUGGAAUGGACUAAGCUUUUAGGUUAUACAAAGUAUAUCAAUAUUAUUUGUGAGAUCAACAUGAUAAUAUUUUUAAUCAAAAUGCCAGAUGUGGAUUUGCCAAGAUGGAAUAAGUUCUUUUAACUUUUCUUUUAUUAAAGAUUCACACCUUUCUUAUACUAGUAUUUCCAUGUAUGACUAGUAUAAGAAGUGUACAAGUUGGUGGUAGAAGAAUAUCAAAUUCUUGGUCAAGAAGUUGUGAACAUAUACAUAUUGCCAAGUCCACCACAGCUAAAGUAACUCAAAUUGGAAAGAUGCUGGAGAAAUUGCUUAAUGUGGUUUGUGGUAGGAACCAUGACACUACAGAUGAGAACAACUGCAACAAUAAUCAUACCAAUGGGAAGAAGGUUAGAGGGACAGUUGUAUUGAUGAAGAAGAAUGUCUUAGACUUGACGGACGUUGGUGCUUCGUUUCUUGAUCGAGUUCAUGAAGUAUUCGGUAAAGGUGUCUCCCUGCAGCUGAUCAGUGUAGACCAUGCAGAACCUGGAAAUGGAUGUAAAGGGAAGCUGGGAAAACCAGCAUUCAUGGAAAAUUGGGUGUCCACAUUGACGUCAAUAUCAGCGGGAGAUGCUACAUUUAAUGUGACAUUUGACUGGGAUGAGUCCAUGGGAUUUCCUGGAGCUUUCAUAAUCAAGAACUAUCACCACAGCCAGCUUUACCUCAGGACAGUCGUUUUGGAAGAUGUUCCUGGACAUGGUCAACUUCAUUUUGUGUGCAAUUCAUGGGUGUAUCCAGCACAUCGCUACAAAUACAAUCGUGUAUUUUUUGCAAACAAGACAUACCUGCCAAGCAACACACCAGAGCCCCUUCGACCAUACAGGGAAGAGGAGCUUCUUAGUCUUCGUGGAAGCGGUUCAGGCAUGCUCAAGGAGUGGGACAGAGUGUAUGAUUAUGCAUUCUACAAUGAUCUUGGAUUUCCAGAUAAGGGGCCAGAAUAUGUUCGGCCUGUGCUUGGUGGGUCGAAGGAAUACCCAUAUCCUCGCAGAGGCAGGACAAGCCGUCGAGCAACUAAAACAGAUCUUAACUCAGAGAGCCAGUUGCCACCUUUAGGUUUGAACAUUUAUGUUCCACGAGAUGAGCGUUUCACUCAUGUGAAGCUUUCGGAUUUUCUUGCAUAUGCUCUUAAAUCUUUGGGUCAGGUCCUCAUUCCUGAGAUUGUUGCUUUAUUUGACAAAACCAUCGACGAGUUUGAUAGCUUUGAAGACGUACUCAAGCUCUAUGAAGGUGGGAUUAAGCUGCCUGACCAUCAUUUAAACAAACUCAGGCAAUGCAUCCCAUGGGAGAUGCUCAAAGAACUAAUUCGCUCAGAUGGUGAACCACCUCUCAAAUUUCCGAUGCCUGAUGUAAUCAAAGCUGAUAGGUCUGCCUGGAGGACAGAUGAAGAGUUUGGAAGGGAAAUGCUAGCUGGAGUCAACCCUGUUAUCAUUCGACGUCUUCAGGAAUUCCCCCCGGCUAGCAAGUUGGAUCCUAAAGUAUAUGGUAAUCAGACCAGUUCAAUCACAAGGGAGCACAUAGAGAAAAAUCUGGAUGGACUAACCGUAGAUGAAGCAAUUGAGUAUAAUAAGCUGUUCAUUUUAGACCAUCAUGAUGCAUUGAUGCCUUACCUCAGACGGAUUAAUACAACAAAAACAAAGACUUAUGCCAGUAGGACUCUUCUUUUUCUUCAAGAUAAUGGAACAUUGAAGCCACUUGCAAUUGAGUUGAGCUUACCUCAUCCACAAGGAGAUAAACAUGGUGCCACCAGCCUUGUAUUUACACCAGCUGAUGAGGGUGUUGAAGGCACUGUCUGGCAGCUGGCCAAAGCUUAUGCCGCUGUAAAUGAUUCUGGCUAUCAUCAGCUUAUCAGUCAUUGGUUAAAUACUCACGCAGUAAUAGAGCCAUUUGUGAUAGCUACAAAUAGACAGCUGAGUGUACUUCAUCCAAUAUUCAAGCUUUUACAACCUCACUUCCGUGAUACCAUGUAUAUAAAUGCUUUGGCUCGGCAGAUACUCAUUAAUGCAGGUGGAAUACUUGAGCGGACAGUAUUUCCAGCGAAAUAUGCCAUGGAAAUGUCAUCUAUUGUUUAUAGGAACUGGGUCUUCACCGAGCAAGGACUUCCUGCUGAUCUGCUUAAGAGAGGAGUAGCAGUGCCGGACUCAAGCCAGCCCUAUGGCCUUAAACUUCUAAUUGAAGAUUACCCUUAUGCUGUAGAUGGGCUUGAGAUCUGGGAAGCAAUCGAAGCUUGGGUUGACGACUACUGUUCAUUCUAUUACUCAACAGAUGACAUGAUCCGAGGUGACUCUGAACUCCAGUCAUGGUGGAAGGAAGUUCGCGAUGAAGGUCAUGGUGACUUGAAAGAUGAACCAUGGUGGCCUCAAAUGCAGACACGAGCUGAACUCGUCCAAGCAUGCACAAUUAUCAUAUGGACAGCUUCUGCUCUUCACGCAGCUGUCAACUUCGGGCAAUAUCCUUAUGCUGGUUACCUCCCAAAUCGCCCAACAGUAAGCCGGCGAUUUAUGCCUGAGCCAGGCACCGCUGAGUAUGCUGAACUUGAGUCAAAUCCUGACCUUGCCUACCUAAAGACGAUCACAGCCCAGUUUCAAACUCUGCUAGGUGUUUCAUUAAUAGAAAUAUUGUCACGACAUUCUUCAGACGAGAUAUAUCUGGGACAGAGAGAUAAUCCAGAGUGGACUUCAGAUAUUCAACCACGACAAUCAUUUCAAAGAUUCCAUGACAGAUUAGUAGACGUUGAGAAAAAGAUAGUGGAAAGGAACAAUGACAGCAGAUGGAAGAAUCGCAAUGGACCAGUAAAGGUGCCCUAUAUGUUGCUAUACCCCAAUGCCUCAGGUGACAACAGUGAAAGCGGACUUACAGUAAAAGGAAUUCCUAAUAGUGUCUCAAUUUGACGUUCUACAGCACAGAUAGCCUGAUAUCGUAACUUUUGCAGCCCCUCUUCAGCAAAAUCCGGAAUCACCAAAACUUAAGCAAGAGUUGCAACACAUAGUGUGUACAUCCAUUUUGUUGUCAAUAUUUGUUCAAAGUCCAUUGUUAGUGUGUGUUUGUACAAUAUAGAAAAUUCCCCCAUUUCAUGACUAGACGCCCAACAAGGGAAAAGGAAAGCGCAUCCCUGGAUAUGUCAAACACAUCACAACAUUGUAACAUUUGCCAAUUGUUCUAAGUAUAACUGUUAGAGUAUGAGCCCUA